AUGCCAUCAAAACAAGACAAAGCAAUAGGCGCAACGCUGCUCCUUUCUUCUGCAUCUCUAUUUGCAUACUACACUAUAUGGGCUUUGAUUAUGCCAUUUGUUGACGAUGGUCAUCCUCUACAUGAAUACUUUCCCGACAGAAAAUAUGCGAUAAUAAUCCCCGUCGUUUUAUUGCUUUUUGGAUUAACUGUCGUAUUUACUUUUCUGGCUUUAGUUAUGAUUAAAAGCAAUGGGACAAAAAAGGCAUCACCCAUAAAAGAAUUUAUCUGA